GUUUUAAAAUAAAAGUCUCUGAACUGAGACGCAUUACAUAAAUUAGUACAUAAAAGUCUCUAAAACAAAUCCUAGACAUACCGAGCUAAAAUAUUAGUAGGCAGUGUAUGAAAUAAUGCAGAAAUUCGCUAUAUUUAAAAUUAACUUACAUUUAUUUUAAAUCUAUUUAUUUACUUACUUACCAUAUAGGGCCUGUGAAAAUUACAGGUAUAAAAUAGAAUAGAAAUGCACGCAUACAAUACUUAGGUGCUCCGUAAAAAUUAGGACAGUCUCUCAAAUCCUUCCUAUUAUAAACAGACCCUUAAAUGGCCACAGUGGUUAUGUAAUAAUAAUACACAGAGGUAAUCACUCAGCAAGCGAGUGAAAUAAAUAAAUGGAGCAACCGAUGUUGGACCAUUUGAGAUAAAUUAACCCACAGAAAAUUUCCAUGAUUAAUGCAAUUUUCUGAUUUUCUUAUACAGUUCAGUUCACUUGUGUGGCUAUAGCUCAAAAUGUGUUUUAUGUGUUAGUGCUGAUGUGCUUUAUGGCCAAAUGAAACAACGGUUUAAUCAGAAUCAGACAUUUCAGAGUGCUGUACAAAAUCAAAUAUCACCCGACUUCACAAAAUUUCCAAGAUUUGCAUGCUCUCUUUGGUUCUUUAAUGAAGUUAUUUUGAGUUCUUUGGUUGUGCAGAACUUGAAUGGGAGGAGCAGACAGAAGCCUCUUAUCCAGAUCAUGCUGCUCUCUCCUGCAGCUGAGCGCAGUCAGGACGGGCUGCUGUCGGUGCUCUGGGAGCUACUGGAGGAGCGGUCUCACCGUGAGCUGUUCGGUCUCGAGUUGGGAUCAGGCACAGGGCAGCAUGUGGUGCACUUCGCUCGGGAAAUGCCCUUUGUCACAUGGCAGCCAUCAGACAUCAAGGAGGAAGCACGAAACAGUAUCAGAGCUUAUAUAGAGGCCACUAAGGCAAAAACAGUGCUGGAGCCCGUGUAUCUGGAUGCCAGUGAACCCUGGGAGAAAUGGGCAGGACUUCCACAAAGCUCUUGUGACAUUAUUAUAGCAAUCAACCUGCUUCAGUACAGCCCCUUCAGAACUGCAGAGGGUGUGUUUAAAGGAUCUGGGCAGAUGCUGAAGCAGAACGGCCUUUUAAUGACUUACGGACCGUAUGCUAUCAAUGGAACAAUCACACCAAUCUGCAAUGAACAACUGGACCAGACAUUACGCCAGAUCUUCCAAACCACUGUCUGUCUUGCCCUAUUUUACACCAACUGUCAACAGGAAUCCGGACUGGGGUCUUCCAGACAUCGAUGUGCUCAGACAACUGGCGUUCAGUAACGGAAUGAGAAUGGAACGAAUGGUGAGGAGCAAUUAAUUACUUAAAUUAGGAAUUCAAAAUAUUUGGGUAAAUCUCACAAUACAUGUCCAGUCCAGCUCACAUUUCGCCCUAAAAUCAAAAGAAACAAACCUAUUUUAGAAUAAUUUUGAUUUUUAGCAUCAUGACGACAUACAACAAUUAAGCAUAUUUUGUCCCAUCAUUCCAAUUACCAUAAUGUUUUACUUUAUCAUAAUAUAUUUUUUUUUGGAAUUCUCAUUCUCUCAUUUUUCUUUGUUAUUUAAAUUACAAUAUAUUACAAUCAUAACAUGCAAAUUUAAAACACAUUUUAAAUUCACACUGCAAUCCAAGUUUUUGUGCAACAGCAAUGAGGAUUUGAAGGUUUUAAUUGCUAAAUUAUCAAAAAAAAAAAGUCACAAAGCACUAAAUCUUAAUGGUCUUAAAUAAAGGCGUCAUUUUCUUUAAGCAAAAUAUAAUUCCUCAUGUCUAUCUCAUGAUUUAGAGAUGAAAUGUGACUGGACAUUCUUAAUAAGUUUGAUAUUUGAAACCAGCAUAGAUAACCUCUGUCUGGUGUUAC